AUGCUGACCUGCCCACAAAUUGACUUGCUGAUUGUACUUCUCGGCAUCGUUACACUCCUAUCACUAUGUCGGCGGCGCAGAAGUGAGCCUUGUUUGAUGGAGGCAGCCUUCGUUGGCAAGUUGCGUCCAGAUUCAGAUUCACUUAGUUGGCUCACCUCAGCCGUUGGGAUCGAUGAAGAGGCAGGAGAUUCAUGUGAAGCUGAGCCAUUACAAGUGGAAGUUGGAUACACUGAAGGAAAUGUGGCCGACUCAGAAGCCUGA